AUGAGUCCCGUUCUGGAGGCGCUAGACGCGUUUCUUAGAAGGAUGGGGCACACCAAUGGCAGUGGGGUGUUGAUGGACACAGAGUUCAGAGAGACCGCUAAGCGUGCCUUGGCGUCGGUGGAGAGCCUGACGAAGGAAGGACGAGUCCGGUUCGUUACUGCUCCUGUCAUCUCUGUUCUUCUGAGCGCGUUUUACGUGAAAAAGACUCGUGUGGUGGAGGCCGCUUUAUCUGUGCUGCAGCAACUGCUUCACCAUGACCUCAUUUUCUACGACACCCCAAUCAUCCUCUAUCAGUCUACGCAAAAUAAACAGUCGAUGCGCUGUGGGGAGGCCUUGUUCUUCGCUGUGGGGGACUUCCUUGCCUACACCACCGACGCGGCUUUGCAGCUUAAGGCCCUCGAGCUCCUCCAUGAGCUCGUGAGUGACGACAAAUUUACUUUCUUCACUGGAGGCUGCAUUACACGUUGUAUGCGGAUAUGCUUUCAGUUAACGCUGCAGAGCUCGAACGAGGGAACACGAGGUACUGCUCAUGACUUACUGCUUCUGUGUGUACUCCGAGUGACGCGCGCAUUUGUGGAAACACCGCCUUCGGAGCGUCAGUCCGGGACCUUUGCCUCUUCCACUGUCCUGUACGAUUACAUGCACGAUGUGGAGCCAGAUGCCAGAUUCACUCCCAUUCAGAUUGAGGGUUACCCCACGACCCCCCUUGAAGAUGAAGGGAACCCUCUAGACGGCAGCCUGGCGCUUGGCCUACUGCGGUCGUAUGCAACCGAGGAUACUUCAUCGUUCCGUGGCUCAUUGCGGCAAUCAGAGCGGUUCUCUAGCAGUUUGGAUGAUAGUAUCCGGACAGGCGUCUUGUCAGUGGUGCAGGCAGACGGCACACUCCCAAUAGCCUUGAAAGAUUUCUUGUGGCUCAUUCGACAUAUCUGCAAGUUAGCCUCACGGACAUGCCGUGGGUCGGGAUCGACGAGCGAGAAGAAUCCCGAGGUUCGCGUUCGUCAGCUUGCGCUGGAGACGUUUGAGGCGGUGCUUCUAGAGAUUCCACCGGCAAACUGUGAUGCCGAACAUCCUUGCGCCGCAUGGUUGACGUUGGUGAUGGCUGCAGCGAAGUACGACAUCCUUCGUUGCAUUGCUAGAAAUCUGUCGACCAUCGUUCCUUCCUCCUUAUUCUCCACGGGUGUGCGCAUUCUCAGACUACUACUGCAGAAGUGCCACUACCACCUCGCCAGGGAGCUCCAUGCUUUGCUGGCUGUGAUGCUGUUUCCACUGGCGUUAUCCAAAUUCUCAAAUUUCUCGCAGAAGCGUGCGGUGCUGAGUAUGGUUCACGAGCUUGUGAGUAUCCCACACCUCUGUGUUUCCUUCUUUAUUAACUACGACUGCGAUCCAAACUUUGAUGCGGCGGCAAAGUACGGCGGCAUGCUCGAGCUUCUAGUCGACUUUAUUGUGGAGAUGACAUACACAGACUUUGUUGAGCCAGAUUGGCUUUCGUUGGACCAGCAGCAGUUGCUGCGCAGCGAGUGUGCUAAUGCCACGCACAACCUGGUGCAGUCCAUGCUGCGGUGGGUCUCGGAGGAUCCCCGCGACUAUGUGCAGCGGCAGAUGCGUGAAUCAGUGGGGCAGGCGCUCCGCAAAUCCACUAAUGGCAGUGAAGGCAUCACGCGGUGGCACGAGGUUUACCUAAGCAAAGCUUGGGAGGCGGGCGGAAAUGAGCGGAGAACUGGUGUGUCCAAGUUGUCAUUGGAUGUAGGAACUUUUUCCUCCUCCUCCUCCUCAAGCACCGACGCAAGGGAGCAACCGCAGAUGUGGGGCGAGGAACAGCAGGUAGGCUACCACUGGAAGCACAUCCAUUACCUGCUUCAUAACAAGCGUAUUGCACAAGAGGCGAUGCAGCAGAUUAAUAAGGGGCAUUGGCGCGAAGGGAUGCGUCUACUAGAGCUUAAGGGUUACAUUUCACACACGGGCGAGUCAAACAAGUGGACUGAAUUUGCUCGCUUUCUCAAGACGUAUCCAGGGAUUGAGCGGUCUGCGUUGUGUGCGAUUUUUGAGCGAGUCCUAAAGGACCCUGACUGCGACCGCAUUCUGCAGGAGUACAUGCACUUGUUUCCAUACAAGGGUGUACCCAUAGACAUUGCGUUGCGGGACACGACGUGUGAAUUUAUGUCGUGGGAUCGGCCUUCUUUUGAGGCUCAGGUGUGGGCGGUGAUUCAGCGGCGCUUUGGCGAAGCCUACGAGGCACAAAAUGUGCGCUCUAUCACAGCCAAGGACGCCAACGUGAUGGCAGGUGUUUUGCUCUUUCUGCACACAAGUCUUCACAAUGAAAGUAUGCGGGGUAGUCGCAUGACCAUUGAGGAAUUUGUGCGGAACGGGAAUGAGUGCAUUGAGUUUCCCUUUGCGGAACAGGAUAUGCGGGACAUGUACCACCGCGUGGCGCAGCAAAAGUGGGAGCUGGAUGAGUUGCAACGCACACCGCGGCAGGUGGAACUGGAGAGGAAGACACCUUCGUUGUCUACCAGGAUGGCUCAGCAGCAAGGAGGUCAUUUCUCCCUGUCCGACGCGGAUCCAGCAAUGAAGGAGGCAUUGUCAUUUACAGGGCGGAAUGCGACAGGGCGCUUAAAAGGAGCGUGGGUAACCAACGACGGGCCCGAGGAUUCUAAGCUGCUGAACAGCGAGGUGGUGCCGUACACGACGGACCCGGAUGGGUUCAAACUACGCGAGUCGUAUCAACAGCGAUACGUGGAUGUGGCGACUCAGCACCUGCGACGGCUGGAGUGUGAACACCGCAUGCAGCGCUUAGAGGCUUGCGUCCCGCAGCCGUACAUUGUGCCGCACUACGCGCAGCACGUUCGUCCAAUGCUACUGAUGUUGUACCCCCAGAUUGCCGCGAUGCUGUACAUGGGCUUUCGUGUUUUGGAGGAGCAACCCAUAUCCCGCAUUCUUCUUGGCACGUAUGACAUGUUGUACGACGUGGCGGCUGCAUUCGUGGUGAACCUUUCAGGGUUGCGUGUUGCAGUGGAGCGGAAAAUUCAGUGUCGGUUAGGGGACGAGGACGCCCAACAUCUUCUCCCACCCACUCGAGGCGCGUUCACGUUGCCCCUGAUGAAUCUUCUGUGA